AUGAUGAUCGAAUCCAACGCCGUCGUGGGGUUGUCGCGGGGCGAACACGCGAGCGAGCUGGCGCGACGGUUGGCGGAGGCGCUGGAAAGCGGUGCGCUGGAGAACGUGAAAGUGGUGGCGCUCGAACCGUUGGCGGCGAAGGAAUGCGCGGUGAACGGGCUAGAGAUGCGAUCGAUCGAUGAGGUGCGAGCGAUCGACGUGACGUUCGCGCAGCCGAGCGAGUGCGCGGUGGUGGUGACGAACGGGCAGAAAUCCAUCGCGAGCGUGUUCGGACGAGAGACGACGCCGGUACAACCAGAUAUCGAACGCGCGAAGGCGGCAAUGAAAAAGAGCGUCAAGGUGGUGCUGUUGAAGGAGCUUUUCGUGGAUAAGAUUGGCGGGUCCAUCCCCAUCGUUGUCGAGGCGGAAAAUUGGGAAGAACACGCGGAGGAGUUGGAUGAUUUAUUUUUGGGCGACGCCGAGGUGUGGAGGCGAGGUGCGACGUUUGACGCGAACCCAAGAGGAGGGAAGAACCCGUACGUCAGCGCCGACGGCUCGCACACGCUGUUAGACUUGCGAUUUGAAGAUCCCAUCAACAGCGGUCGCUGGGAGUGCGGUUUGAUGCUCGACGGCAAACCGUGCGGGCCGUACGAGUUACAAUACGCGUUGGAAAACGAUGUCGAAGGCGUGUUGGCGCAUGGCAUCUACACCCAAGCCGAUGUCGUGAUAACGUUGAAUCCGGACACGUUAGAAGCGGUGACGAUCGAACGCGAUUAA